AUGGAAGCCCCAACCGUGACAACCUUCGCCUCCGCGACUACAAUGGUCGGAAUGCAAUUACCGUCUGCCACUUUUACUGCGCCUGAAGCUCUUGCUACUUUAAAUACGAUGAAUGAUCCCGAUUCGCCUCAAAACGGCGAGUGUCAACUUUUGGGACCAUUCUCCCUUCUGAUCCAGGCCGCCUUGGGAGGGCUAGCCUUGUUGUCGCUAGUCUACAAGCGAUAUCGCGAAAGACCGCAACGCCCACUGAAGAUUUGGGCAUUUGAUGUGUCAAAACAAGUGUUUGGGUCGGCGAUGCUGCAUUUGGCGAAUCUUGUUUUGUCCAUGUUUUCUGCUGGUCAUUUUGAGAUUCAACAGCAGUAUCAGCCUAAUCCAUGCUCAUUCUAUCUGCUCAACCUUGGAAUCGAUACAACUCUGGGCAUCCCGAUACUCUACCUAUCCCUCCGCGUCAUUAACCGCCUCGCGUUCUACACACCCUUAGCACAACCAUCCGAGUCGAUUGAGUCCGGCAACUAUGGACAACCUCCGAGGAUCAUGUGGUGGCUCAAACAAUCUAUCCUAUACUUCAUCGGUCUUUUAUGGAUGAAACUAUGCGUCUUCGUAUUGAUUCAAGUUUUCCCCGUCAUCGUCAAAAUCGGAGAUUGGGCGCUGCGAUGGACGGAGGGAAACACGGCUCUUCAGAUCAUCUUUGUGAUGCUUCUAUUCCCUUUGAUUAUGAACGCGAUUCAGUACUAUAUCGUGGAUACUUUUAUCAAGAAGAAGAUUGUUACAGUCAUCGACGAGGAACCCUAUGACGACGAGGAUCAGAACGAACUCGAGAAUGAUAACAGGGGCUCACAUGGAGCUCUUUUGGAGGCUAGUAGUCAGAGUGAUGACGACUCUGAUUUGGAAGAAGGGGUUACUGCAAAGGACACAAAGCCUUUUUCUCGAACCAGAUCCAAUCUUCAUGUCGCGACGACUGAAUAUGAUCCUACGAGAGAUGGCGCAGACUUGCUGGCAGGAUCAUCUUCGAAAACACGCACUGCUAUGGAUUCUCGGUCUUGA